AGCUGUCUGCUCAGAACCCACAGAAGCCUACUCAUCCCAGGCAGCUGCAGUGGUCCUCUCCCCACAGACCCAGGCUCUGCACUUCCCCUCCUGCCUCUUUCCUGGAAAUUUCAGAACUGCCUUUGCCACUGGAGGCUGGUCUGCAUUACCUCAAGUUUUAUAAGCUGAUUGGCUGGCAUCUGGCCCACCAUGACACCCACAGAACUCACAAGCCUUAUCCCUGACAUGUUUGAUGACUACAACUAUGACUCUACUGCCUCCACAGAUGACUACAUGAAUUUGAAUUUCAGUAGCUUCUUCUGUAAGAAAAACAAUGUCAGGCAGUUUGCAAGCCAUUUCCUUCCACCUCUGUACUGGCUUGUGUUUAUUGUGGGUACCCUGGGCAACAGCCUGGUCAUCCUUGUCUACUGGUAUUGCACAAGAGUGAAGACCAUGACUGACAUGUUCCUUUUGAAUCUGGCCAUUGCUGAUCUGCUCUUUCUUGCCACUCUUCCCUUCUGGGCCAUUGCUGCUGCUGGCCAGUGGAUGUUCCAGACCUUCAUGUGCAAGGUUGUGAACAGCAUGUACAAGAUGAACUUCUACAGCUGUGUGCUUCUCAUCAUGUGUAUCAGUGUGGACAGAUACAUUGCCAUUGUACAGGCCAUGAAGGCUCAGGUCUGGAGGCAGAAAAGGCUGCUGUACAGCAAGAUGGUCUGCAUUACCAUCUGGGUGAUAGCAGCUGUGCUCUGCACCCCAGAAAUCCUGUACAGUCAAAUCCGUGGGGAAUCUGGCAUUGCCAUAUGUACCAUGGUCUACCCUAAGGAUAAGAAUGCUAAGCUAAAGUCAGCUGUCUUGAUCCUGAAGGUCACCUUGGGGUUUUUCCUCCCCUUCAUGGUCAUGGCCUUUUGCUACACCAUCAUCAUUCAUACCUUGGUACAGGCCAAGAAGUCAUCCAAGCACAAGGCCCUCAAGGUGACCAUCACUGUUCUCACUGUCUUCAUUAUGUCUCAGUUCCCCUACAAUUGCAUUCUUGUAGUGCAGGCUGUUGAUGCUUACACCAUGUUCAUCUCCAACUGUGCUAUUUCCACCAAUAUUGACAUCUGCUUCCAGGUUACUCAGACUAUUGCAUUCUUCCACAGUUGUCUGAAUCCAGUUCUCUAUGUUUUCGUGGGUGAGAGAUUCCGCAGGGAUCUGGUGAAGACCCUGAAGAACCUGGGAUGCAUUAGCCAGGCCCAGUGGGUUUCAUUCACAAGGAGAGAGGGUAGUUUGAAGCUUUCUUCUAUGCUACUGGAGACAACUUCGGGCGCUCUCUCCCUCUGAGAGAACUUCUCACAGGGCAUAUGGUCCUUUUUGGAAAUAAUGAGAUAUACAGUCACAACAUAGGCAGCAAAUAGUAAGAAAAAUGGGGGCGGGGGGGACAGGAAAAACCAAAACAAACAACCUGGGAUGAGCCUAAACAACUUUAUCAUGCUCAGUCAGAAUCUGCCAAAAUUUCUCAAACUGACUACUCCAGAAGGGCACCUGCUGGAUUUUGGUUAUAGUGACUACAGCUCUGAGGAGGAUACUUGAGCAGCACUCGGGAUACCCCAGCCUUCACAUGCUGGUCAUCAGUGCAGCUUGGUCUAGGAGGUAUUGAGUUUCUUCAGUGCUCCAAGUUUCUGUUACUUCAGAUCUGAUGCUACUCCACUCCAGAGGUGACAGAGCACUGGCCCCUACCAUGGUCUCCCCCCUCCUCCCCCCCCCAAAAGAAAAAAGGUUUAUUAACAUCCACCUCAGGAUCUUUUCUUUACAGUCUUACUGGUGAGAAGACUGUGUUUCUCAUUACUUACAGAUUUUUUUUUUUUAAAUCUAGAAUACACUCAAACAUUCUGAGGUUGAAUGCCAUUCAGAUCUCCUCGGUCUCUUUUCAGCCAGGGAGAUCCACUGUUCCUAGUUUGGAGCCAUCUGUCAGUUAAGUUGGUCAGCCAAUAUACAGCUGACCACAUCACAUUACCUGGAGUCUUGCUCCCAGUCCACUACUGUGUCAGGCAGAAGAUGCCAUGUCCAAACCUAGCUGCAAGCUCAAACUAGGAAAGGAUUUAGCCUGUUCCCUGGUGAGGUAAAUGUGGCCUUAACAGAAUUAAGCUGGAGAAUAUGUUUGGAUGGUGGGAACCUAGGCUUUGGGACUUCCUCAGGCAAGAGGUGCUUGCUGCAGGUUCUGCCAUCCUCUCCUUACCAGUAAUAUGUCUUUUCUUUCUGAGGCUCGCAGAAGGGUGUCUGCCUCACUGCUCCUUCCUCUUUCCUUACUCUUUAGCCCCAAAAGUUUACCACCUUUUAAUUUUAGAUUAAGAAGAAUUGGUGGGUUGCACAUGGUAGUGUACACCUUUAAUCCCAGCACUUGGGAGCUAGAGGCAGGAUGAUCUCUGUGAGUUCGAGGCCAGCCUGGUCUACAAAUCGAGUCCAGGCCAGCCAGGGCUGAUUACACAGAGAAACCUCAUCAUGAAAACCAACCAACCAACCAACCAACCAACCAACCAACCAACCAACCAACCAACCAAACCAACCCAACCAACCAACCACCAAGUAAACAAAGAGUUGGAGAGAUGGCUCAGUGGUUAAGAGUACUGAUUGCUCUUCCAGAGGACCAGGAUUCAAUUCCCAACACCUAUAUGGCAGCUCAAACUGUUUUUAACUCCAGUUCCAGAGGAUCUGAUAGCCACACACAGACAUAAAUGAAGGCAAAACACCAAUGCACAUGAAAUAGAAAUAAAAUGAAACAGAAAAAUAUGUAAUAUAAUUUACCUUCCACCUAUGUUUUUAAUUACUUGAUAAAUUUCUCACAUUGGAAAAAUUAUUGCAUAUCUUUAAAAUGUGUUUUAUAAUGUAUAUUUACAAAUGUUCAUCACUUGCUAUUUGUUUUAUCAUUUCCCAAUAUUGUAAUUUUGUGAACAAUUAAAGAUUAGAUAGAAAUACAGUCAU